GUUGGAGAACUUCUGUGAAAGUUGCUCCUGCUCUACUUGACCAAAAUUAUAUUUUUGCAUUUUGUAUGGAUUCUGAUCUGAAGGAAUCAAGUGAUCCUUCUGCAAGAUGAAGAGAAGAAAAAGCAAGGAACCAUUUCUACAAGUCAAAUACUAAAACUUAUGAAGAAGUUCCUUGGGAUAACAUGUUACCUUCCAAAAUCCAGCCUCCAGAAUCAACAGUGCAAGUGUUGACUGAUCCUAUUUCCCAGUGUUUCACGAAAAGGAGAUACAAUCCUGAACCUGAAAUAAGCCAAGUUGUUGGAGGAUUCUGGGACAGAUUUCAGACAAGAUCUUUUACCUCUCCACAGGGACAUGUUGAUUUUGUAAGCUGAAGCUCUCAAACCUGUCAUAUCCCUUUAUAUACUGGCUACGUUGACACAGUAAAUUUUGAAGACAUUGACAAUGCUGAUGUAGACUUAAUCCCGUUUAACCAUGUGCAAACUUCAAAGCCUCACUACAAAAGCCCUGUGCACCCUCCAAAUAUCCCUGGAUACACCAGCAAGGUUCAUUGGUCAGCAACUCACCCAGCAAAUUCUAAUCUUCCAUCAACAAUCCCAUCAAUAAUUGCACGAAUGCAUGGAUACAUAGCAAAACACAGAAACUCGUCUCAGUAUAAUCACCAGGGACUUUUUUCUUAAAUGGUGACUCCAAUUAGUCCUUAGAAUUCUUUCAACAAGAGAGAAUGA